AUGAAAGUUCCAACUCGAAGAACAAUUUGGAUGAAAGUAAACUUGUCACGAGUUCAAUCGGUGAUGAGAACGCAGCUAAACACAGUGAAAUCUGACUUGAAGGUAUCUGAAAGACACGAUCUUGCCAUGAUUUUUACGUGCGAAGUUUGUGAUACCAGUUCUGUGAAGACAGUUUGUUGUGAAUCGUAUGAUAAAGGCGUCGUGGUAGUUAGAUGUGAUGGAUGUAACAAUCUGCACCCGAUCGUUGAUCAAUUGAGGUGGUUCGAAGAACCUGAUAGCGCUGAGGAGUUUUUGGCUGCUUGUGGGGAAGAGUGA